UUUUCACAGACGCUCGCAGCCUCAGCUAUGGAAAGAGUCCUACUUCCCUGCUCCCCCCCCUCCUCUGUUCUGCUCCGUGGUUCCUCACGUAUUCAGUGCUCAUGACCAGAGCUGCAGAUAGCAGAUGUGAAUUAUUCAAAUGGGAUUGAGCAAGCUGGAUGUUCUCUACAGACGGUUACUCCUUGCUAAAUUUUUCAUCCGAGGAUGGGGAAAACCAGAAGACUUGAAACAGAUAUUUGAAUUUCGUAAAAUUAUUGGAAACAGAGAAAAAUGUCAGCACCUCGUGCCAAAAGAUUACCCAGUGUACAUUGACAAGGUUGAAGAACAAACUGAUUGCAAGAUUUUUGAUGGCCAUUUUGUCUCCCCAUUGGUCCACUAUGUGCCAGAUGUUAUGCCGUCUGAAACGGUAACGGCUAGAUUUCAAUUUCUGGUGCCUAAAGAAUGGAAGAGCAAGUACCGGCCUGUAUGCAUCCAUCUAGCUGGCACGGGGGAUCAUUAUUUCUGGAGAAGGCGAACGUUAAUGGCCCGUCCUAUGCUCAAAGAGGCUGGCAUGGCUUCCCUGUUGUUAGAAAAUCCUUAUUAUGGCUACAGAAAACCAAAGGACCAACGGAGAUCAAGCUUAAAGAAUGUUUCUGACUUAUUUGUCAUGGGUGGUGCCCUUGUGCUGGAGUCAGCGGCCCUCCUUCACUGGCUGGAGAGAGAAGGGUAUGGUCCUCUGGGAAUGACCGGCAUUUCAAUGGGAGGACAUAUGGCUUCUUUAGCAGCUACCAACUGGCCUAAACCGAUACCAUUAAUUCCAUGCCUUUCAUGGUCAACAGCCUCUGCAGUCUUUACCACGGGUGUUCUAAGCAGAGCUGUUAACUGGAAGGAACUUGAAAAACAAUACUGCACACAGUCAGUCUAUGAGGAGGAGAUCAUGCAUCUACUUGAAUACUGUGGGACAGAUUCUUUCAAGAUGGGACAAGACUUUGUGAAGAAUUCUCCAAACAGUGUGGAUAGCCUGACCCACCUAAAACUUGCUGCUAGCAUCUUCCGCCUUAACCGCACCCAGAAACCAUUAUCUGCUGAGCCUAUACAAGCAUCAACUAACAAUGAACUGAUGUUCCAAAGUGACCCUAAAGGGACGUAUAUCGGGCAGGCAGUGAAUGGUGGUCUAAACACUCACCUGAAAAGGGAACAGGCAAAAAGAAGUGAAGCUCUGCAGAAAGAGUCCCUGCUAUUCAUGAAAGGAGUCAUGGAUGAAUGUACACACGUGGCCAACUUUUCAGUUCCGGUGGACCCAACCUUAAUCACAGUUGUUCAAGCCAAAGAGGAUGCCUAUGUCCCAAGAGUUGGUGUACGCAGCCUCCAAGAGAUUUGGCCUGGGUGUGAGGUUCGAUAUAUAGAAGGCGGCCACGUCAGUGCUUAUCUCUUUAAACAAGGGCUUUUCAGGCAAGCAAUCUAUGAUGCCUUUAAUCGAUUUCUUCAGAAAUAUCCUAUGUCUUUGUGAUUUGGUGUGGUUUACUUUGAACGUCCACGUUCAUUCCGUCCUCGUAUUACAGACUGAGCAUGGUUAUGAUUUAAUAGAAGAUGACUACGGUUCAGCAAUUCAUCGGUUCUCCAGAUGUUGGACAAGAAGGAAGAUUUUUCUGAAGUUGCACAGAUGCCUCUACAAUCCUCUUUGGUGCUGACGCCAGCUUGAGUUUCUACAUGAAGUAUUUUUUCGGGGAUCUGACAAAAUUGUAUUUAAUGCUAAACCAUUUGAUUAUGUAUCAACUUCUAUGCAUGAAAGCAUUGACUUCUAAGGUUUGUACUUUAAUUAUUUUUAACAUUUUAUACUCCUUUUUUUAAAUAAAUAAAUCUGGUAUCUGGAACUUAACAGUGCAGAAAAGAAGUACUAAUCAAAUGUACCUUUUGUGAAUGUAAUAUGUAAAUUAUCUGCUAUCCAGGAUAGAUUUGCAUUAUGACUGUAUACCUUUUCUUCACUGAUCAGCACCUUGAAAAAAUUAAAAAAAUACUAAGCUCAUUUAGUUUCUGCUGGACAUUUGUGGAAUGAUCUACCUGUCUCUGCUGCUCCUUGUAUCUGCCUGUGGAGCACAUGGGCCUGAAACAUACAGUCUGUUUUGGUACAGGCAAAUAAUAUUGUCAUUUCUUAAUUCUAUUGCUCGCUG